AUGGACUAUCCUUCAAGCCCGAACCAAUCCGUUUCUGACUUGUCGAGCAAGGAUCAUACGGGCCCAUCUGAGCCCGGCCCGAAUAACGAGGGCCCAGGCUUCCCACAGCCCGAAAACGACCGAGAGUACGGGUGCAAGUACUGCGAAAAGAAGUUUUCGAACAAACAAGCGCUGGGCGGACACCAAAACGCGCACAAGGUCCAACGAGCGGUCGAGAAAAGCGCGCAAGAAAUGCACCAAAACGUGAGUUUUGGGCCCUUCCCCUAUUACGGGACCGGCCCAAUGAUGGCUUACCCGGGGAUGGGCCCUUUCCUGGCCUCGUACGGUAGAUCUCACGGCCUCGUCCUUCAACGUCCCGGGGGCCCAUUUACCGGUUAUCCUUACGGGCCGGGCUUUGGAAGGUACCCGGGAUGGGAUGGGCCGGGCCCGACAAAUGUUCCUCGGUUUUUGGGGCAGGGUUUGCGGAAUCAGGGCCCGAAUGUUCGGUUUUUGGAUAGUGGGGCCGGGAGUUCGGGAUACUCAAGGCCCGUUAUCCAGGAUUCGACUGGGUCGAGGAUAAAUAAUCAUGGGAAUGAUACGGAGCCCGAGGAUGAUUCGGGCCUGGAUUUGUCUCUCAAGCUGUGA